UACUGGUUCAUUCUCUGUGUGUGUGUGUGUGUGUUCAGACGUCAUUGGUGGUAGAGAUCCCUCCCUAUCGCAACCAGAGGAUCUCCAGCCCUGUCCAGGUCAACUUCUACGUCUGCAACGGCAAGAGAAAGAGAAGCCAGUACCAGCGCUUCACCUAUCUGUCCCCAAAUGUCCCGAUAAUAAAGACAGAACCCAGUGAUGAGUAUGAGCCUCUGGGGGUGCCCGGGGGUCCGGGGGGGCCCUACUACGGCCAGCCGCGCCUCACUCCCAUCAUGCCUGUGGUUGACGCUGACGCCUGCCUGGCUGGGGGCUACCCCCCCUGCCCCCCUCGCCACGGCAGCAUGGCCUCCUCCGCCAGCUCCAGCCCCACCCUGCACGACCUCUCCCCCGUGGCCUACCCCCCCCACGGGGCGGGCCCCCUGGGCUCGGCCCUACAGGAGGCCCCGGGACACCCCUCCCUGUCUCACUGCUCCCCUCCCUCCCCAGACCCCACCUCCUCCCCCCUGGGCAUGCUCCACUCCCAGGGCAGCCCCCACCUCGGCAGCCCCUCUGGUCCCCAUGGCUACCACUCCCUCUACCCCAACAGCAGCCCCUCCUCCUCCCCGGCGUCUCAGCCCUCCACCCCGGGGGGCGCCGCGGAGAGCCCCUUCAUCCCCACCUACAGCCCGCACAGCCAGCCCCAGGGCCAGGCCCAGCCCCCAGGCCGGCCCCAGGGCGAGGCCCAGGCCCGCGGCUCCCCCCCGAGUCUGCAGGCGGAGGCCUCCAGCUCCCCCCCUCUGACCGUCACCGUCAAACAGGAGCCUCAGGAGCUGGAUCAGAUGUACCUGGAUGAUGGUGAGUCUCUGUUCCACGCGGUCACACACCUGUCAGAGCCGGUAGAGCUCAGUUUAGAACUGUCAACCCUAGUUUUAGUCGUGAGUUGUGUGUGUGUGUGUGUGUGUGUGUGUUCAUUGCUCCUGACGAGUCCCAGAGCACCCCAAAACUAGCUUUCCAUCAGUGAACGUUGAUGUUGUUGCUCUUCCUGAGACCCACCCCUGUCC